AUGAGCCUUUGCAGCAAUGACUUCCGACCAAGCUGCGGCAAAUCAGUUCCACUUCUGGCGACGUGUGUCAUGCAUGUGGCUGGCGUGUUACCGCCACCGCCCGACAUGACUGUUCAACUCCCCAUCGCCAUGCACAUACGGGGCGAGUACGAGCUCCUCCGUGCCCAGCGUGUGAUCAACACUGCGCCACGUAGCCGACGUGGGCCCUCGGCACCUGCCCGACAUGUGCAGCAGAGGCUGGAAGAGCCCUUUCUUUGCUCCAGUCGGGGUUCGGUGCCCCAGCGGCAGGAAUUGAAGCUGCGCACCGCCGACGACAUUGGUGUCGUUGUUGUCACUGCCAGGCAGCACCUCCACACCCGGGCGAGACACAUCAACGGGACCUGGGGUCGUCGUUUCCGUCGUCUUCACUAUGCCUCCAGUUCUCGGGGUGCAUCUGGAAGCUUGCUGCACGGAGACAUCUUGAGAGGUUUGUGGGGCAUACGCCCGCCACCUUUGUUCAAUGAUCUCUUUGAGCCAGACAGCUAUGAGAGCAGUUUGUACAAGGGCCACAUUGGCUUUGGGCGUCUCUUCAAGAAGCAUCCGAACCUGCCGUGGUAUGGACUUGUAGGCGACGAUGCCUACCUUUUCGAUGAUUACCUGGUACAGGCGUUGCAUAGCGCCUCAGGGCAUCCGGGCCGUGAUCCUGUUUGUGCAGGCUAUGUGGCUCGCUUGCCUACUGAUCCACUGCUUAUGGCCUUAUACUCGAUGAUGAAGGGAUGCACUGCUGUUUUUGGAGAUGAGGAAGAGGACUUCAUCCACUGCCUUCACGAAGGGCAAGCGCGGGUGCUGCGGUACUCCAACGCCACAUUUGUGUACGGCGCGGCUAUCUUCUGCAGCCAAGCCGCCAUGCAGCUCAUGGCACCCUUUCUUCGCGACGAGCUGGUUACUGGCGUCCUGGAGCAUUGGAACGGCCCUAUACUUGGCCAUGACAUGUCGAGCCACUUCCUCGACCUGACACCUGUCUCGGACAUUGUGCUCGGCGUGUGCAUGGCACAGCUGGGGAUCCGAUUGUCCGAUUUCGUGGCGGACGGAUUCUGGGGCGGCGACCGACUGCCUGGUUCCAUCCCGGAUGCCGAAGAAGCAGACCCAGCUUACCGCCGAGGGCUUGCGCCUGUGCGCCUGGCCGACGCAUCCCGGCCAGCUGUCUGGCACAAGCUGGAAACACAGGCACGGCCCUAA